UGACCGAACACUGACGCUACCAGUCGUUGCUGUUACACUCCCCGUUUACUUGUAUUACUUUUAUAAUAACUUUUAUAAUAAGAAGUAUCAUUGUAACCUCACGUCUGGACACUUGGCAUACUGUUACGCAUGGCAGCAUCGGGGACGUUUCGGGGCUGACAAACGGGACCUGAGAUCUCAACCGACCGUCAUCUUGAUCCUGUAGAGAGGUUUACAAAGUCAUUCAAGCUGUCUGCAGUCCUCGUCUACAGAAGUCAUGUUUUCCAAAGCCACUGCCAAAUUUGUCCGUCAGAUUGACCCUGAAGGAAGCCUCAUCCACGUGUCCCGAGUAAAUAACUCCAAGAAACUGGUUCCCAUGGCAAUGGUUGUCAAACGCAAGCGGAUCUUUUUCUGGCAGAGUCCCAAGUACCAACCGACAGACUUCACCCUCAGCGACUUGUUGGAAGGCGACAUGGUGCUCAGUCCCGAUGUGUCCGUGACAGAAUUCCUGAAGUACAAGGGGACGUUUGGAGGCAAAGUCUCUGGGAAGGUGGACACCGAGGCCGGCUCUUCCAGCGUCACAGUGGAGGGGUCGGGUACUACCAAGCUCCAGUCAUGUUUUGGCACGCUGAAGAAAGAGGACCUGGAUGUGAAGAAGCUGGUACAAGACUCCAAAAGCAGGCUGGUGGACAUGCAGAACCCGCUGGUGCAGCAGCUGGAGAAGGGAGCUGAGGUGCUGGCAGUGGUGAAGGAGAGGAUCCUGACCACCGACUCCUGCUCCAUCAUCCUGACGAAAAAGGAGCAGUGCGCCUUUCGGGGGAUUCUCGGGCUACUGGGCAUGCUGGGGAACUCUUUUAAGGUGUGUGUGAAGGACAGCAACAACAUUGAGGCGGACACCGAUGUUUCCUUGGAGAUCCCCUCUGGAACCGUCAUUGCUUACAGCAUCCUGGAACUGGAGAUAAAAAAAAAUGGGGACUAUAAUAUAUGCCUACAACCCGGAACAAUCGGAGGCAUUGAGUCCGACGCGCCCGAGUCCUGGCCGUCUCCUGAUUCCUUUGAUAUGAUGGACGGAGGUAGCAAUGGAAAGAUGGUUCCAUUGAAAGUAGCUUUGAGUGAACUGCUAAAUGGAUCACAGGAGGUGGACCUCUCUCCUCUGGCAGAGAUCCCCCAGUCAACACGAUGUGCCCUGUUCAAGAGACUCCAGGAGAUUCUGAAGGACAGAGCUGCUCUGUCUUAUAUGGAGUGUUUGCUGGACGAGUUGUGCAGCGACGAAACACUUGACAUAGCCAAGGAUGAAGAACUGUCGGAGAGUCAGAGAAAAUCAUUGGAAUCCCUACUGGACAGUCACGCUGAGAACAGCCAGAGUGAUCUUCCUGCCCGCCUAAACGCAGCUCACCUGUUGGUCAGUGCCAUGGAAGAGUUGCCUGAUCAAACCCUGAGCCUCUUAAGCGAGAUAAGUCCUGAUUUUCUGGAGGCCUUCGACACACUGAUGGACAAGUUAAAGAAGAGCAGUGAGCCUCUCUCCAUUACGUGUCUUCCGGUCCCACUGCAGGACAACCAGGCCUUCCAGCUUGCAGAGCAGCUGCUCAGCUCCACCCGUGUGACCCUGAAGAGAGAGAGCCACCAGCUGUGGACGGAGACUGGAAACGAAGCAGGGGUUCUCCCAUUGGUCCUCUGUAUUAGCAUACAGGGAUUGUCCCUGCUGUGCAAAGGGCUAAAUUAGAGGUGUCUGCAUGAGCACUUAAUUUAUUUUGUGUGUGUGUAUAUUUCCUCCAUUUCUUUAUUAUUGUGAAGUUUAUUGGCACUUAGUUUAGCACAAAAUAUUUUACUAUACUACCGUUAUGUAUUAUUACAUAUUGUUUAAAUGUUUUAAUGAAUCACACAUAUUUUACUAUUAUUCUAUUUUUCUUCUUAUAUAUUUUCAUGACUUAGAAAGCAUAUUUUUGUAUCAUAAAUGAAAUAUAUAUAUUUUAUGCAAUGAAUUCUUAUUCUUAGGUGCAGCUCUGACAUGGUUCAUAGAUUGUUCUCACUCUUUUAUAGCUUGUAAACCAUUAAGGAGGUUUUUAUUUCAUCUGGCACCUUACAUAAAUCAAACACACAAACUAUUUAUAUACAAAUUGUUUUGUAUAAAUCCAGUUUUACUGCUUUUAUUGAACUAUCACAAUGAUGAUUCCACUGAAAAUGCAUGAUGGUUAAGCUGAAAACCAUUCGGAUUUCUUAGCUCAAGAAAUCUUGAAAUGUGGUUUUUGAAAUAUGUAACAUUUGAUGCACGCUAACGGUACACAAAAUGAUAACAUUUAUACAUGUACGCAGUAUGCUGAAAACUGUAUUCUUGCUUGAAUUUUUAUUUUAAAUGAAGCUGCAUGGUAUUGCUGCAACAUAUUUGCUAUUAGACUAUUUUAUUUAUCAAGAAAACAUUCCCUAAAAUACUGGCAUUGAAUACAAAAAUCUACAUUUGAUUAAAAUGCAGUAUUGAUGUUUUCUUAAGUAGAUGAAGUAUAUUUGCAGCUAUAAAGUUUAAUGAAGCUACCUUUGCCAUAUUCUUACUGCCACUUUCUUAUUUGUCCGUUAACAUUGUAAUUUAUUGUUGAUUGAAAAAAAAAAAACGUUUUACUUUAUAACAUACUAAUCAAUUUUGAAAAAAAAAUUGCAUUUAGGUCUCUAUGUUACUGUAUCGAAGUGUAUCCUUAUGUCUUACAGAAAUGGCAAAUAAAGCUUGAGCAGUGUCUCCUAAAGAUAAAGAAAUGUGAGGAAAAGGAAAAAUGCAUUCAA